AUGACUACCGUCCAGGGACAAGAUGGAAUUUCGUGCAAUUUGUGUCCUAAUUCUGUGGAACAUUACUGCAAACCUUGUCAUAUUGACCUUUGCAACGUAUGUGUAUCCUCACACCUGGCCGACAAAUCAAGAGGACAUGAAGUUGUAGACUAUAAAUCACGAAAAAGAGACACACUUGUUCUUCCUAAUUGUACGACACACGACGAAAAUCAAUGUCCGACAUUCUGCAAAACCUGUGCAAUACCAGUUUGCCAUUAUUGUUUAAUGGGAUCUCACAAAAAUCAUGAUUUAAUUGGAUUAAAGCAUAUAAUUGAAAAUUGCAAGUCCCGAAUAAAAGCUGACACCCAAGAAUUGCGAAAACAUAUUGUUCCAAAAUUCACUAAAGUCGGAUCUUUCACACCUGCUGCUGAAUUUGAUAAAAUUCUUUCAAAAAUAAAGGACCAAGAAGAUAAAAUUUGUCAAGCUGUACAUCAAGAAGCUUUCCUAUUAAGAGAUGCAGUGACCAAACGAAGAAAGGAAGCUGAAGGGAUGAACGAAGAAAACAAAAAAAUGGCAGCAAAAACUCAAAAAGAACUCAAUGCAAUUAUUGAGGUAAAUGAAGGUAUCCUCAGAUCUAAUGACGUAACGGCUGUUAUAAACUACGAAUCAUUCGAAGGGAACCUACGAAAUGGUCCAGAGAUAUUCCGAUUUCAAUGUCCGAACUUUUCUCCCUAUCCAAUUGACCCAAAACAAAUUCGGAAAAUGUUUGGUUCGCUUUACUCCAGCAAUCUUCGCAGCAGGCAAUUUACGUUUUUAAAGUUCAUGGAAACUCCUACAGUACUGAAAACUCUCCAGAGUCCUUAUGGAGAGUCUAAAAAAAAGUUGUGGCAGGUGCAGUGUAUGGGGGAAAAUAUGAUCUUAACAAGCGGUCGUGUUAAAACAAUAAAUAUAAUAAACAAGAGUCAAUCUAUCCUAAAGGAAAUAAAAACUAAAAGUGAUGUUGCAGUAUUGUCAACUAACUUAGAUCAUGAACCAGUAUUCACAGGAGUCCCUGUGGAGGAUACAAAAGUUUAUGUUAAUAGAAAUGACAAAGUAGACAUACUUAUGGAUUUAGUUGAUUGGAGUCCUAGAGGUCUGUGCCAUAUCGGAGCAAGGGAUCUGCUGGUUAGCAUGCGCUCAAAGGAUCUGAGCCAAUCUAGAGUGGUGUGGUAUUCAGAAUUGAUACAGAAACAUGUGAUACAAUAUGACGGAAAGAAAAGGCCUUUGUUUUCUACUGGCUCUUGCUUUAUGCUUCGUCUUACUGAAAAUGGCAGUGGAGAUAUCUGUGUCGCCGAUUUCGCUGCAAAUGCGGUUGUAGUGGUGGAUGCGUCUGGAGGAUUAAGAUUCAAGUAUUAUGGCAAUCUCUCCCCGUCAUCCCAUUACAAGGAGUUUCAGCCAUCAGUAAUUGCUGCUAAUAUCAAUCACCAAAUCAUGGUAGGUGAUUUUGCGAACGAUAUAAUUCAUAUUAUAGAUCUUGAUGGAAAUUUCAUUCGUUACAUCAAAUGCCCAUGUUCUGCUGGACUAAGCAUUGACCGCGACGAGAAUCUCGUUAUUGGUGAAUAUUAUACCGGAAAAAUUCGAAUUGUUAAAUACCUGGAGUGAA